CAAUAAGUAUUUUCGUGCUCUGUAGAUUUAACCACAUUAAAGUGGUCACACGCAGAGAGACAACGACGACACCCCCAACAAGCGCCAAUAUUCCUCCGUUGACAAUGGCGACGCCAUCGCCGCCGUCUUCUUCUCCGUCGUCUUCAAACCCUAAUUCCACCACCACGCCUCCUCCGCCGCGCACCACCGUCGUAGCCCUGGCCGCCGCGUCGUCCGACGGCGGGAGGAAGCCGCAGCCGCUCCUCUGGACACACGACGAGACUCUCCUCCUCAUCGAAGCAUACAGGGAGAAAUGGUACUCGCUGGGACGAGGGCCUCUGAAAUCAGGCCACUGGGAGGAGAUCGCCGUCACCGUCUCCGCCCGAUCCAGCAUUGAUCGGUCCGCGACCCAAUGCAGGCACAAGAUCGAGAAGAUGCGGAAGAGAUUCCGAGCCGAGAGGCAGCGAGUUGGUCCCACAUCGCCGUGGCCGUACUACUCGAUGAUGCAGGAGCUAGAGAGUAACCCGAAGACGCCGAUCUCGGCUCGGCCUCUGACCCGGUUGCCUCCCAACGCAAGCAACUACUUCGAUGAAGAAGAAGAAGAAGAAGAAGAAGAAGCUGGUCAUGAAAACGACGAUGACGAAGACGACGACAAUGUAGAAGAAGAAGAAGAAGAAGAGGAUAGGCGAAACAAGUCAAGGAGCAUCAAUUACAUACUGAGAAGACCCGGAACGGUGAACAGAUUCGCCGCAGCAGCGGCGGGGGCGGCAGCGAGCGGCGGAGGAGAGAAGGCAGUGUAUUGGGGGUACGAAGAAAGAGAGAGGAAGAAGACGAGGAAGAGGAAGGUCGUGGAAAGGAGGAGGAGAGGGGAGAGAGAAGUAGCGGAAGAGAUAAGGGCAUUUGCAGAGAGGGUAAUGGCGAUGGAGAGGAGGAAGAUGGAGUUUGCGAGGGAGAUGGAGAGGAAGCGGGCGGAGAUGGAGAGGAGAAGGCACCAACUGAUUCAGACAUCUCAGAGUCGUCUUCUCCACUUUGUCACCAACGCCUUCGAUGACUCUCUCUAACUUCUUACUGAAACAUACCAUUGAGUUUGAUCAAAGUAAAUCACAUUUGUCUAAUCUCUGUUCUGUUCUCUGUGAAGUUAUCUUGUCCCCUGUUUGCUUUCAGAUUUUGUAUUUAACAAAAAAACUUAAACAAAUCUAAAAGUCCU